UCGCUAGGUUCAGUUUGAGAAGCAGCUGCUGCUUACGGGGAUCGGUUGCCCGCCGAUUAUAUUCAGUGUUUAUUGCAGCUCUCUGGCAGAUCAAUUUUCUAGCAUUUGCAACUAGAGAGGGCGUCAUCAAGCGCUGUCCAAAUCAAAAUUGCUGCUUUCUCUUUUAUAUAGGACAAUUACAUACUAGUAACUGCAAAUGGAACGCAGAGCUUGUAUUGCGCGAAGUUACCUAGAGAAGGUGUUAGUCGAUGAAGCCGCAGAGCCCAAGGGCCUGCCACUAUCGCUGUUGGAGGACAUCACAAACGAUUUCUCUCACGACCAGGAGAUUGGAAGUGGUGGAUUUGCAGUGGUUUAUAAAGGAAUACUUGGUGAUAAGGAGAUAGCCAUGAAGAAGUUGUCCAACGUCUUAAUGGAGGACACAGAAUUUGAUCCAGAGAUCGAAUGCCUAAUGCGGGCAAAGCACAAGAAUGUGGUAAGAUUUCUAGGAUAUUGUGAUGACACACAAAGAAGUAGGGAAACAUUCGAUGGAAAACCUGUCAUGGCAGAGACCCACCAAAGAUUGCUUUGCUUCGAGUAUAUACCUAAUGGGAGUCUUGCUGAGUAUAUCAAGGAUGCAUAUCGUGAGUGGGGAACAUGCUACAAAAUAAUCAAAGGGAUUUGCGUGGGUCUACAAUACCUUCAUGACAGCCUUAUUGUUCACAUGGAUUUGAAACCCGCCAAUAUACUUCUCGACAAUAGCAUGGUACCUAAAAUUGCUGAUUUUGGCCUGUCGAGAUGCUUCGGUGAAAAUCAAAGCUGGGAUAUCACCAAAAACAUAUUGGGAACAGUGGGAUAUUGGGCACCAGAAUUUUCCGGAAGCGGUGUAAUCACAUGCAGCGCUGACUUGUAUAGUCUUGGUGUUAUUAUCUUAGAAAUACUGACCGGGCAUAAAGCACAUGAACGUAUCGAGCACGUACUUGAAAGUUGGAGCGAUAGGUUGGAGAGAUCACAACGGGACACAUUAUGUGAACAAAUACAAGAAUGCUACCAGAUAGCUGUAGAGUGUAGAGAAUUCAAUCCCGAGAAGAGACCAGCUAGCGCACGAGAUAUUAUUAACAGGCUUCAGGAAAUGGAAAGUAUGCAGGUAUGUACAAAAAGUGAGAGCUUGUGUAUUUCUUCCUUUAAUUCCGAGUUGUUACUAAUACCACUCAGAUCCCUGUAUUUGAACCAUUGGUGCUGGUAGAGUAUGAGCUUUAAUUGCACAUCCCUGUUUUGAAACUAGAACCUUUUCCUACAUAGUACCUCUGAUUCAAUAAUACUAGUAGAUUUAGAAUUUGUGUCAAUCAAACAUGUUUUGUAAGUUUUGAAAAAAAUAGUAAAACCUGAAAAAAAAGAAAAAAAAUCCAGAAACACAAACAAAAAAGAGAAAACCCAAUAAAUCCAGAGAAAACCAAAAAAAAUCAAAAAGAAUCAAGAAUAAACAGGAAAUACCUGAGCAAAGUUGGAAAUCUUAAAACACGGACAAAACCAAGCAAAAAAAAGAUUCAUAUGUAGGCUGCAUCCAAUGUGGGUUGUGUGACAAUGCUGGAGCGCUCCCUGUGUGCGCCCACCGGUGCCCCUAAAUCCCAUCCAAGGGCACCUUUUAACUAGUUGCUCGGAUCAAAAUAAUUAGCAUUUGGUUGGGCAACCCUCAAGACCCAACUAGUGUACCUAUGAAAAUUGCUAUGAAUGAAUAAAACUUGGCGAGUUUUUCUCAAAGAAUCAAAAUAAUAUGCAAAUUUUAUUUAUUUAUUUGGAGUAACAGCAACUUUUAUUGUUGUACUACAUAAUUUGCCCACAACGUGAAAAUCAUAGAAACACAACAAGG